AUGAACGUCGAGGACGUCAAGAACGAGGUUCUCAAGGAAGAAGACAUGGUCAAAAGCGAGGAAGGUAGUCAGGAAGACUUGGGAUUGAAAACGGUCCAGCCGGGCCCACGCACAGCUGGCAUCACGGACCGAAACUUGCUGAAGCAGACGUUGCUCGAGAUCUUUGCCUCGAACUGUGAGAAGGCCGGUGGCCCUGUCCAGUUUUUGGAGCAGAGCCUGAAUAGGGAGAGAUUAGAUGAGGUGCUUCUCAAGAUGUGUCCCUGGAUGGAUUCCAUCGACUACGUGCAGCCGUCCUUGCUUGGCAAGCGCGAGAAAGCCUUGGUCCACAUUACCAUGUUGUCGCAUGAGGUUGCUGCAAGCACUAAGGGAUAUCCUUUUGGAUCUGUGUGUUGCGAGCUGGCAGAAGAGUUUUUGGUCCAUGGAUUCUUGACCGAAGCGCAGCCAUUGUUGCUGUGGACCACGCCCGCAGAUCGCGAAGCAAGCCAGCAGAGCUUCAAGGUCCGCUAUGUGAAGGGCAUGGCACGAUGUUCCACUUUGUUGCUGCUUUUGGCGAUCAUCGUGGAGGAGGAUGUGGAUUUGGCGGAAAUGUUCCCUGAUCUGUUCCACUCGAUCCAAAUGAUUCAUGUGCUUUUUGAAUCUCAUGCCGAUUUGGCCUCAGUGGCGAUUGCCAACGCACAUGCUUCGAAUCGAGGACGAAUCCGGGCCCCCCAUGACAUCAUGACUUGGGUGUGCAAGCUCAAGAAAUUGGAGGCCGGUGGCAGCUACCAACCGUCAGAAGUGUUGGAGCGUUUCAACGCCAAGGCUACUGGGAAAGCUUCGGUGACUGGCAACAAGCGCAUGGCGGCCCUGAACUUGCUCCAAGCCCCGUGUAAGACUGGCGUCACCAAUAUGUUGGAUUUGCUGUCCAAAGUGGGAUCCAAGCGGGUUUGGUGGAAUGAGGAUAGCUUUUGCAACAAGAAGCUCAUGCCUGGUUUCGCCCCGCGAACUACGAAGCCUGAUUGGCAAAAUGUGCUCAAUGUGACUGAGACAUCCUUCAACGCCUGGGUAGAUAGCCUGAACCAGCAGCAGCUGAACAAGAGUCCGGCGGCCAGAAGGCCACUUGACAAGAGCAGGCUGGAAGAGCACAGCGCACUGUCCGCAUUUUGGUGCUGGGCAAAGGAGCAGGCUUUGGGUCACGCUCUGUCCAAGGAAGAUUUGCAGCCGGUGCAUACCAAGUUCCUGAAUGGCGACAUUGCCCUGCAGUUGGACCUUCAGAGCUUGCUUCAUGAGCGCAAGAAGGCGAUCUCUUUCUUGGAUGUGAAAUGUCUUCGUGAGCUCAACCAAAAAAAGGUCACCUGCACGGACCUUGCACUGGUCGGGCAAGCAAAGACGGAAAUUGAAGCCGGAAAGUUCGAAGCAAUGGAAUUUCAGCUGCUGAGGGAGAAAUUGAAGAAUGACAUUGCCGCCACGCAGAUGUACAGAAGCAAGUUGGAAUGUCAUGAAACGUUGCUGUACCAUGCGAAGGUGGAACACACCCGCAAAAGGAGGCUGCAAGCCUUGGAUGCUGUGGAAGAACUGUUCAAAGGUGCUGUGGCCAAGUUUUCCUUCACUUCCACAGUGGAGCAUGCUUUGAAUGGUCUUCUCCAGCUGAAGAAGGAGUACAGGGUGGAUCGCCUGCCGAUCCUUUUGAUGGUGAACUGGGCCAGCCCGUCCACAAUCAGGGAUGAGCAGAUGAUGCAACUUCAGGUGCAAGUCUUGCAGCAGAUCCUGGGUCAAGAGGAUUUCGAACCAAUGGGCCUGGUUGUCAUGCCGGUAUGGGAAAGAGCCAAGGGAUCUUUGUACAAGAGUGAAACUUUGCUCCUGAAGUCCUUGUCUGAGAAAGAAAUCAACAUGGAUGAGAAAGCCAGCCUGUCCUUUGAGGAGCGCGCAGAUCCACGAGACCGCCGGCCCUUGGAAUAUCCUUUGCGGCUGGCAUUCCCUAUGAGAACUUCCUCAGCCCAGCAGGCCUCCCCUUGGCAACGCUGCAGCCUAUUUCAAAACAAUCGUACCAGCAGCAGGGCCAAAAUGAUGUUGACCAAAGACAUGCGCCUUCCUGAGUCUGAGGAGGACCUUCCCAGUACUGAUUUGGAGCAGCGAGUGAGCAUGGCGGAAAGAUAUUCCCAAUUGGGAGAGUCGGCUGCUGGAGCCCUCUUGGCUUCCACUCUUGGAAGCUUACCUGCAGGCCAUCCUUGCUGUGUUCUUUUGGAUGCCAGCCCAAAGUCUGGCGAAUUUGCCAGAACAGUGCUGAAAUCCCCGGAGUCUUCGACUGCCUGGCAUUAUGUGGCGUUGGCUCCAGAGAAUCAGCUUGAUUGGGCGCAGCAGGACCUCAAAGAUUUUGCCAUGGAACUCUACCUCAUGCGCAGCUUGAAAAUCAAGGCCAUGGAGCCUCUGCCUGAAACAUUGGCGGCUGAUGAGACUCCCCAGGUCUUGGUGCCAAAGCUUGCCAUUGGCAUCGUCGAUGGCGUCAACCUGGUUUUGCCACCAGACCUUGUUGGCAAAUGGGCUGCCAGCAGCUUCAAGGAUGAAUGGGCCCAAAUGCAGGAAGACAUGGAGAGUCAGCUUCCACCAAGACAUGAUCUCUCAAGCAUGCCCAAAGCCAAACGUCAACGAGUGGAUUCCGCGCCGCAGGCAGAAGGGCAGCCUGUGACAGUCAAAGCUAUCAGUGGCCUGGACGCUACAAAGAUGAUGGUGCAGGCCAGUGGGGUUGGAAAGUUGAAGGGAUUGACUUUCCAGCUCUACCCCAGCAAUGUCCUGGUCCUGCUGAACCCGACAGCCAGUGAUGUGGCCGUUACCGGUCACCUCACCAGCUGGCACAAGGGGCGCUGGUGGACCCCGAAAGAAGCAGGAGAAGGUUUUGAUCCUGCCCUUGACCUUGUUUGGAAAUUCACUUCCAGCAGUGACAUUCUGAUCCUGGAUGGAAUGAGCUUGACCCUGCACCAGGCACUGGAAGACAUGAAGAAGACCAAGCCAGAAAAGGUUUUGCUCCGCUACCACAUCCUGAAGGACAAUCCGCAAGGCUGCCAUGGACCUGGAGAUUUUGACAUCGAACUCAAGCACGAAGUUGGCUGGAGAGCUGAGAGAGCAACGGUGGAAGGCGAUGCCAAAAAGCAAAACCCUGCCACUUUGGCAGCGCUCGUCCCUGCAGAUGCCUGGGACCUCAAUGCGGUUCAGAUCCUGUGGACUUCAAGGUGGGCCAAGCAAGGCUUGACCGGUAUCAAGCCAAUGGUGUGGUUGAAGGGCAGCGUAGUGAUUCCCCCGGAGCACUAUGUCCAGCUGACCGUGUCCACUGAGUGA